AUGAUUAGUACAGCCCUUGCAUUCCUGGCGCUCUCGGGGCUUUCAGCUGCGCAUGGCGAUCAUGGACAACUUCCAAUGUCAGGCCCUCACAAGGGUCUUUGGUACAACACGCUGCCCGGAGAUGGUGGCACACAGGCUGACUCGGUGUUCUCUGGUAUCUCCACAUUUGGCCGCCUUCCCUACUUCCCCUGUCUUUCGAGCGAAGACGAGACCUACGAUAUCGCCUUUUUAGGUGCUCCGUUCGACACAGGCACUUCAUACAGACCCGGUGCUCGGUUUGGGCCGAGUGGUAUUCGACAGGGGUCUCGGCGUCUUAACCUCUACGGCGGUUACAACGUUCCUUUGGAAGCGAAUCCAUUUGUUAGCGACCUCAAGAUUCUCGACUGUGGUGAUGUUCCAGUGACCUCGUAUGACAAUGCGUGGGCAAUUCAGCAAAUUGAAGAGGGACACAACAGUGUUCUUAUGCGAAAGCCGUUCACCAACGCGAAUAAGCCGGGUCUAUCCCGCGCCGGCAAGACUCUUCCUCGUGUCAUCACCCUGGGAGGCGACCACACUAUCACUUUGCCAUUGCUGCGCAGCAUCAACAAGGCCUAUGGGCCUGUCACUGUCAUUCAUUUUGACAGUCACCUGGAUACUUGGAAGCCAAAGGUCUUUGGCGGCUCACCGAGUCAAGUAGCUGCAAUCAACCACGGAACUUACUUCUAUCAUGCUGCGAUGGAAGGCCUCCUGAAGAAUGACACCAACAUCCACGCCGGCAUCCGCACUACACUUUCGGGCCCAUCAGACUAUGAGAAUGAUGGAUACUGUGGAUUUGAGAUCGUGGAAGCUCGGGAGAUUGACACAAUUGGUACGGAUGGUAUCAUCAAGAAGAUCAGAGACCGCGUGGGCACGGAGAACCCGGUGUACCUGUCGAUUGACAUUGACACUCUUGAUCCCGCUUUUGCUCCUGCUACCGGCACGCCCGAGACGGGCGGUUGGUCAACGCGUGAGCUGCGCACCAUCAUUCGUGGUCUGGACGGACUGAACUUUAUCGGCGCGGAUAUCGUUGAGGUGGCUCCUGCUUAUGAUACCAACGCCGAGUUGUCUACAAUGGCUGCUGCCGACGUACUAUAUGAAGUCCUUACUAUCAUGGUGAAGAAGGGACCUCUUUCGAUUGGAGGCCGCGAACAUGAACUGUAA